AUGCCUCAGUCCCAAAAGCGACCAAGUACUUUUCCUGCCUCUGAAGGUUUAUCGGGAAGCUGCGCACCACUGACAGUGCGUGCUGCCAAAAGGCAAGGGCUUUUACGACUGUUUGAAACAGAAGAAACAGGCGGAUCGCGGGGAAGGCGAGCCCGAGCCCCAAACCGCCGCGCGGGCUGGGUCAAUUGUGGAGAACUGCAGAAGGGCCCCGGGAGACCUGCGUCCCUCGAGGGCCAAGUAGGGAGCGCGCGUCCACGGCGGCCAGUGCUGGGGGCUGGGCCGGCCUUGGACUCGACGGGCUGGACACAUGGUCCAGUAAGAGCCCCUAGGGCCUGGGGCUGCAGCACCCCAAGUGCCCCCGCGCCGGCGGGUGUCGCUUACCUUGACGGCGGUGCGGGGAUUCGGACGGCGGGGUGCGCGGGCGGCCGCAGGGCGCGAAGGCGGGCACAGGGCGGCGUCCGGGCACCAGCAGGGGAUGGAGACGCCGUACGCUGGGCGCCACCGGAGCUUGAGGUCCACUUCCUCCGGGAGGAAGUGGUGUCAGCCCUGCCCUUCACACCGGAAGAGGAGCACCCUCAGCGCGGGAAAGCGCUCCCGUCCGGCUCCGGGUCUGCUCGCAGGUGGCCUCGAUGCAGGGCUCAAGGCGAAGUGCGGCCGCGGCCACGGGCGACCGUGGCUUUGCUUACGUCGGCCUCUGCUUCCUGCUGCUCAGAUACCUCGGCGCGGCCGGGAGCAAGAGCUACCCUGCGUUUCCCCAGCCAAAAACUCUGUUUGCGCUGCCGGGGCACACCCGCUGCCGAGUCGAGCAGGCCAGUCCUGCCGUUCCCCGGACCUGGCCGCGUCCUCCCCCUGCGGCGGGCCACGCGCAGCCCCAGCCCAGAGCCCCGCCUCCGGGGCUCUCAGGAGCAGAGGGUGCCGUGCGCCCCGGGGCCGCACGGCACCGUCGGGGCCUCCAAUGCUGCGGCGUCUUGGGACUGUAAGGGGCUGACGCGCGGGCGGCCCCCGCCCAGGCCUCUUCACCCGAAGCCACGGCUCUGCAGCGGCGCUUCCCAGCAGCAGCCGCGGCGCUGGAGCCCUGCUGGGCCCGGCCCGGGGGCGGGGAAGCCACUCUGCUGCAAGCUCUCCUGUGGGCCGUCCAGUUCCCAGCGGAGUCUCCCUCCGAGCUGGCUCACGCUGCUUCGGAGCUGGGAGGCCUGGGCCUUCACGUGCAUUCACCUGCGACGUUAGGCCAGCCUUUUCACAGUGCUUAAGCUAGAAGGAAAAAACAAGGAACAGUUAUGCAGCAGUCAUCCUGGCUCUUCCUACUGUGAUACAGGAGGAAAUGAAGUCUCACCUGAGGAUACACUGGUCCUACAACUGGAGCUUGCAAAGGGACGAGGAAAAUUUGUUGACAUGCAGAUUUGCAGCAAAAACUCAUAGAACGACAGCAAAUAUUAGCCAGCAAUGAGAUAGACUAGCAAAAGAAAAUACCUGAGCAAAUGAAUCUGAUUACACUCCAGGACGGUGUGCUCUUUGACACUGUGAAGCAGAAGUGUUUUCAUAGCUUGCAGAAGGACAUCCAAUGUUAUUUUGAAACUCGUCUAUGGGGUCUACAGAACCAGGUCAGAAAUCAUCUCUAGAAGUCAUACUCUGUGCAUAGAGUUGAAGCUAAUGCAAAAGUGAUUGAUGUUGGAGAAAGCGCGCUGGACCGAGGCCUUUGUGAAAGUGAUGAAUUUUGCAGUUUCCCAAAGAGACCAUCACAGUGUGAAAACCACAUGCUAUGCCCUGCUGGUUUUUUCCAGGUGUCUGAAUGUGCCACAAUCGCAGAUCAGAUUUGUCAGGUGAAAUACUAUAAUCUUAUCCAUUAUAAUUAGUGCUUUAAAGAUACUUCUGUAAGGCAGGGGGCUGCAUUCCCUAAAGUUGUUGAAGUAAUUAUGACUCUUAAGUUCAAUUUUACUUGGGUUAAAAAAAAGUUACGGUAAAAUAUUUCAAAUUAAUUUUUAAAUGUUACAAAAUGAGCAGCCUCAUCAUUUUUAUUUACAAAAGUAUGCUGGUUAAAAAAUAGUGUAACCUAAAUAACUUUUUGGAGUUCCUGGGUGGUGCAAAUGCUUCAGCACUCGACUACUAGCUGAAAGGUCGGUGGUUUGAACCCACCCAGAGGUACCUCAGAAGACAGGCCUGGCGAUUUGCUUCUGAAAGGUCACGGCCUUGAAAACCCUAUGGAGCAGUUCUACUCUGCACACACGGGGUCAGUAUGAGUUGGAAUCUACUUAACGGCAACUAACAACAACAACAACAAAUAACCUCCUAGGUGCAGAUUUGCAAACAGCAUGCAUCUGAACUCAGUUGGUAUUUCUAGUUCUAAAUUUCUUUCUCUUUCCAUAAUUUAGUCAGAAGGUACAUCAUUCCUCAAAAUAAGCAGACAGAAUCAACAUAAAACUGUCCUUAUGUCAUCUAUAUUUUUGUGACUUAAACAAUGUGAUGAUUAUACUUUUCAGGAUAGAGAUGAAUGCAUUGGAUCUCCAAAUAUAUGUGGUGAAAGGAUAAAAUUGUCUCAACACUCCCGGUUGUCUGUGAAGUGUCCAUUUUUAAUAAAAAUGAAAGAAAGGAUACUAAUAACAGGCAUGAAUCCCAUCACUUGAGAUGUUUUCAGACACACGCACACACAAAGGAACUCCAGCACUCACACCCUUAAUUCUUACUCAGUUGUAUAGGGAUUAAUAAUUUCUCAACUUUCUAGGGGAAAUUUCUAGUUCUACAUUGCCUUCCUUUUAUUUCUCAGUACUCUUUUGGGAAUUCCCCUAUCAUCUGCCUUUGAGUUCUCAGCACACACAAAGAUAUUUUAAUGAUUUUCAAAGCAGAAUGUAAUUUAGAAGGUAAAUUGGAUGCAAAAGCAUCAUACAAUGUAUUUGAAAGCCAAAAAGACUUGAGUUUGGUUGUUUGGGUUUCCUUGAUGCUUCCACUAAUUAAUACAGGUAAC